GACACUGCUAAUAUGCUAACAUGCUAACCCCGGAGUGUUUACCGGAGAAAACACGGAAAAACAAACGACGGAAACGGUGAAAAAAAAGAUUCCUCAGCGUCCGCAGGGGCUGAUGGGAAACCGAGGAGAAAGUUUUUAAACUUUUAAACAGUCUCACCGCUCACCUGGCUGCUAGCUCCGCUGCUAGCCUGCUAACGGCUAACCGAGCUGCUAGCAGUUUAAAAAAAGUUUGAGACAGGCCGGGAAUUAGACGGAGCCAUGACCGGGGAAGGAGUCAGACACUCCCCGAUCCUGUCCGCCCUGUUCGGCCUGAGUGACGAGCCCGAGCCGCUGCUGGGAGCCGCUCAGCUCAUCAAAGAGCGUCUGUACUUCGCCACGUUACGCAGUAAACCGAAGAGUACGGCCAACACUCACUACUUCUGCACCGAUGACGAGUUUGUCUACGAAAAUUUCUAUGCAGACUUUGGUCCUCUGAAUCUGUCCAUGUUGUACCGAUACUGCUGCAAGCUGAACAAGAAGCUGAAGUCGUUCACGCUGACCAGGAAGAGGAUCGUUCACUACACCAGUUUCGACCAGAGGAAGAGAUCCAACGCCGCCGUGCUGAUCGGAGGCUACGCUGUGAUCUACCUGAAGAAAACUCCAGAAGAAGCUUACAGAGCUCUGAUCUCUGGAUCCAACGCCUCCUACCUGCCCUUCAGGGACGCCUCCUUUGGUAACUGCACCUUCAACCUCACAGUGCUGGACUGUCUGCAGGGCAUCAGGAAGGCUCUGCAGCACGGCUUCUUUGACUUUGAGACGUUCGACGUGGACGAGUACGAACACUACGAGCGGGUCGAGAACGGAGAUCUGAACUGGAUCGUUCCGGGGAAGUUUCUGGCCUUCAGCGGGCCGCAUCCCAAAACUAAGAUAGAGAACGGUUACCCGCUGCACGCCCCCGAGGCGUACUUCCCGUACUUCAGGAAACACAACGUGACGACCGUCAUCCGUCUGAACAAGAAGAUCUACGACGCCAAACGCUUCACGGACGCCGGCUUCGACCACUACGACCUCUUCUUCUUAGACGGCAGCACGCCCAGUGACAUCAUCACACGCCGCUUCCUGCACAUCUGCGAGAGCACGGACGGCGCCGUGGCCGUCCACUGCAAAGCUGGUCUGGGCAGGACGGGCUCUCUGAUUGGCUGUUACAUGAUGAAGCACUACCGCUUCACGGCGGCGGAGGCCAUCGCCUGGAUCAGGAUCUGCAGGCCGGGCUCAGUGAUCGGACCGCAGCAGAACUUCCUGGAAGAGAAGCAGGCGUCGCUCUGGUUGCUAGGUGACAGCCAGCGCUCCCAGAAGGCCAAACUGGAGGAGAGAACGGUGUCUCACCUCAUCACCAGCAUGGACGACCUCAGCUUAAACUCCGCCCACAACAGCAACAGUCUGCAUGAGAUUGAGACGCUGGACAGUGGACCGGGUCUGACUCAGGGAGACAAACUGAGAGCCUUAAAGAGCCGGCGUCCACCUCGACCCGCCACCACCGGAGCUCUCAGAGUGGAGGAGAUGAAGAUUCACAGCAGGUCGGCCUCUCAGCCGCUCAGACUGUCGAUGGGCGUCGGCCAGGGCCCCUCCUCCCCCCUCAAGUCCUCCAAAUUCCCAGCAUCCUCUGCUUCUGCUGCAGCCAAGAGGAUCGGAAGAAGUCCGUCAUCAACGGCGUCCAACAUCAGAAGCUCUCGUUUGGCGAGCUCGCUCAGCGAUCUUUACGCCGCCGACGUGGAGGAGGACAAAAACUCUCCGUACUCCUCUCUCCCUCCCCCCUCCUCCUCUGUCAGCUCCUCCCCCUCCCCUCUGGCCCCGCCCCCUCUCAGUCGCUAUGGUAACGGCCCUCGCAGCGCGCAGCACGAGGUCAACAACAACAGCGGUCCGUACGGCGGCGGCAGGCCGGUGCCGCAGGACUUCAGUCCCUACAGGGGCCCAGGGCCCUACAGCGCUCUGAAGGGCCCGUCAGGACGCUACCUGAGCCGCUCCAUACCUUCUCUUCAGUCUGACUACAUCCAGUACUAGAACUACAGAUCUCACCUGAGGACACGUUACCCACAAUCCCUUGCACCUGAUUACCCACAGUCCCCUCUGUGUGGGACGCUCAUAAAGCAGCUCAGUGACUGAAGAGACUCUGACAGCAGCUGCUCUCUGAGCAUACGGUAUGCUAAUGAGCAUUAUGCUAAUGAGCAGUAUGCUAUUGAGCAUUAUGUUAAUGAGGCGUGUGUAAAUAUGAUGUAAUCUAUGUGUGUUUGGCUGAAGAAGAAGAAGAAGAUAUAUUUAGAUAAAGAAGACAGAUUUUAUAUUUGUGACAGAAGAAGAAAAUAUUUUUGUUUUGAGCUUUUUUUAAACUGAAGGAUCAGCUGAUACAGUAUUUACUUCCUGUCUCUGACCAGUUAACCAGCAGAUUGAUUGUUCUUUUCUAAUCAACAGCAAUAAUAAUAAUAAUAACAACAACAAUAAUAUUAAUAGAAGAAGGGACCCAAAAACUGAACUCAGGAAAAAGUGUGUGUGUGUGUGUGUGUGUGUGUGUGUGUGUGUGUGUGUGUGUGUGUGUGUGUGUGUUUGUUGGAGGGGGGCGGAGCCUGUCGCAGCCGACGCCCACUCAGCCUUAAAGAAGCUCCUGAUUGGCCGUCUCGUUGGUUUAGUUUUUGAAAUGAAGGAUUUGUUUUAACGAGGAGAUUUAUUUUAACGACUGAUUAAUAAAUCUGAGCAGAUAAUUAAGUUUUUACUGACGACUCUCAGCUGCUCGUCUCUCUGGCGUCCUGUUAGAAAAUAUAAACGUAUAUAUCUUCCUCUUUUUUGUAAAAUUAAUAUUUUUAGUUAAACUCGUGAGAAACAAACAAGAGUCGUGUUAGAUUUUACAGUCGUGGUGAAACUGAAUGUUUUGUGUUUUUGUGGCGUUUCAUGACAAACGUUCAGACACUUUAAUGGCACACGGUGACCUUUGACCUCUGACGGGACGACUGUUUGAUAUUUAAAGCAGCAGAAGAACUGAAUGUGUUUUUGUAAAUUAACUGAAUCUGAUUAUGAUGUGUUUACUGAACGGAGGAAAUAUAUUAAAAGGGAAUUUCGGCAGUGAAAACGACCCUGAGAACAUGAAGUGUUUACGGUCAAAUUAACUUUUUUCACUUCCACUAUGUGGAGCGAAUCUUCACGUGGCGUUCAGUUCUUUGACCGUUUUCUAAACUCCAAAGGAAUCGUUAAAAAACUCACAUUCUGGUCCAUUGAGAGCGACACAUAAGCAAUUUUUCUGGACCGCGCCACACAGAGCAAUAUGUUUAGUUUUUGGACGAUAUGAGACGAUUAAUAAGAGCACACAAGUCGGCCGCCGUGUCUCACUCAGCGGUGACUAGACGGUUUCCAGUGGUGGAAGAAGUAUUCAGAUUACUUUACCGCAGUAAAAGUACUAAUACCUCACUGUGAAAUUACUCCACUACAAGUUAAAGUCCUGCAUUUGAAAGUAUCAGCAUCAACAUGUACUUAAAGUAUCAAAUAAAAGUACUCAGAUUGUUUUAUAUAUUCUGAAUAUAUUAUUAGAUUAUUAUUAUUAUUGAUGCAUUUAUGUAAGCAGAGUUUUACUGUUGUCGAGGUAGGGCUAAUUUUUAACUCAUAUACUGUUUAUGUGGUUUAAUUUAUAAAAAUGUGUAAUCAUUUAAAUUUAUCAUGUUUUUAUGUUUAAUCUCGACCUGAAAAGCUACUAAAGCUGUCAGCUAAAUGUAGCAGUGGAGUAAAAAUAUUUGCCUCAAAAUGGAAAUAUCAAGUUACAUAUAUGGAAAUACUCCUGUAAAGUACAAGUACCUGAAAGUUGCACUUGAGUACAGUGCUAAAUGUACUUAGUUACAUUCGAGCUUCCCAACAAAUAAUCUGUAACCUGUUUUCACCUCAAGGAAAAACAUUAGGUUACAUUGUAACUCUGGUUCUCUGAGUGAAGAGAUGACAGUCAUGGAAAAAAUGUUAGACCACCCUUGUUUUCUUCAAUUUCUUGUUAUUUUAAUGCCUGGUACAACUAAAGGUACAUUUGGUUGGACAAAUAUAAUGAUAACAACAAAAAUGGUUAUUGGUUAUUAUCAAGAAAACCAUGGAAAAUGUCCAGAUAUCUAGAUAAAAUGAACAAGAAAUUGAAGAAAACAAGGUUGGUCGAAUAAUUUUUUCCUUGACUGUAUGUGGAAAUACUCCAGUAAAGUAAAAUUACCUGAAAGUUGCACUCAAGUACAGUACUAAAUGUACUUAGUUACAUUUGAGCUUCCCAACAAAUAAUCUGUAAAACCCUAAAAUAUCACGUUUUCACCUCAAGGAAAAUGUGAGGUUACAUUGUAACUCUGGUUCUCUGAGUGAAGAGAUGAUAUCUUUCAUAUGUAUGAGAUAGUCUCGGGACGAUAGAGAACGUCAAGUCAAAGUUUAUUUAUAGAGCACAUUUAAAAACAACCUCAGUUGACCAAAGUGCUGUACAGUAAUUAAAAUAAUAUAAAAAUCAUACACAAAUAUAGUAAUAAAUAAAAACAAUGAAAAACAAUAAAAUAAUACUAAAACAAUAAAAUAGUUAUAAAAACUCAAUUUAAAAACAGAGUUAGACAACACUUAAAUCGUCACAACAGUCGUGUGGAACAUUUAAUAUAAACAACAAACUGUAAAUCGUGCGGGCGCCUACAGGGACUUCAUGGUGCAUUCAGGUGCACCUCGUAACCUUUAAGAAACUCCAGCCCUUCUGCUCUCCAGUGGCUCAUUUGUUCCCAAUCAACUGGCGAAAUAACUUUCUGUUGUCGUAAAUAAAAUGAUUGUUUAGUGUUCGAACUCCAGGACUGUUAGGAACCAGAACCCGUCGAUCGCUCAUCCCGUUAAACUGAAUUAAAAGGACACAAACUGUCUCUUUAUGUGAACAUCUGUCAGCUGAUUGGCUGUCUGCAGAUCAGCUGACUGGUUCUCAAAGCUCUGAUUGGCUGAAAGCUGGACGGUAAAGAUGAAGGAUCUUCUACCUCUGAUGACAUCAUCACUACGGCUUCUGUGUCACACGACUCGAAACGACGCAGACUGUUUCAAAAUAAAAGCUCCAGGGACACGUUUGAAAAAUAAAAAAAAUAAAAAGCUUGUGAGCGCUGACAUCAUCAGCCUGUGACUGAGUGAGUUCACCUGUCAGGUGUGGAAGGUGUCAGUUAUUAAUAUUUAUGACGUGGAAAGGUUUCUCAGGCUCAGAAGUGCCUUCAUGUGUUUGAUUUAUUUUCAUACAGCGCAGCAGAGGGCUUUUAUUUUGGAAUAAACAGCAUCCUGUCUGGUGACGGUGUAACUGAAGAACUUUAUUUCUGUAUUUUAAUGUUCAAGUAUUUUGUUAUUAAAGGGAAAAGUUAGAAAAUAACUUCAGAGACAGAAAAUAAACUAAUUAUUCUUCUGA